AUGGCAUGGUUAGUAGAGACUGUGCUAUUCCUUUUCGCCAUUCGGCAAGCUCUUCCACAGGAUGUUUACGGAGCACCACAGCAACCUUAUCCAUAUGUGCAACCUAGCGCUUCAUCAGGAUCUGGAAGCUAUAUUCCGAAUCCACAAUCCAGCAUUCACACAGUUCAACAACCGUACCCAAACGUUGACGUUGUUGAACCAGAUGUGGAUAGUGUCGACAUUUAUGAAACCGAAGAGCCCCAAUUCAAAGUUGUGAACCCAUUUUUCCCAUCAUCAGGAGGAUCAGUGGAGCCAGGAACUUUGCCUCCUCCAGUUGCUCCACCACAAGUACCGGAUAAGCCAGAUAACAGUUAUGCAAUCAAUUACUGUGAUAAAAAAGAGUUCCCAGAUGAGGUUCUCAAACAGUACGGUUUAGAGAGAAUUGAUUAUUUUGUUUAUAACACUUCUUGCUCCCACAUUUUCUUCCAGUGUUCCAUUGGUCAAACCUUCUUGCUCUCUUGCACUUCUCAGGAUCAAGCAUUCGAUAAGUCGACCGAAAAUUGUAACUUCAAAAAUGCGGUUAAAUUCUGUCCGGAAUACGACCAUGUUAUGCACUGCACCAUCAAGGACACUUGCACCGAAAACGAAUUUGCCUGCUGUGCAAUGCCACAAACUUGCAUCCACGUCAGUAAAAGAUGCGAUGGACAUCCGGAUUGCGCUGAUGGAGAGGAUGAGAAUAACUGUCCUUCCUGUGCUCGAGAUGAAUUCGCUUGUGUAAAAAGUGAACAUUGUAUCCCAGCCAACAAACGAUGCGAUGGAGUUGCUGAUGAUUGUGAAGAUGGAUCGAAUCUGGAUGAAAUUGGAUGUAGCAAAAACACAACCUGCAUCGGAAAGUUUGUCUGUGGAACGUCUCGUGGAGGUGUUUCGUGUGUGGAUCUGGAGAUGCAUUGUGAUGGGAAAAAGGAUUGUUUGAAUGGAGAGGAUGAGAUGAAUUGCAAACAAGAAGGAAAACAAAAAUAUCUUCUUUGUGAAAAUCAAAAACAAUCUGUAACCCGUCUACAAUGGUGUAAUGGUGAAACAGAUUGUGCUGAUGGAUCAGACGAGAAGUACUGCUAUUAG